AUGUGCGAAGGCUCUGAGCACGCACCCACCUUGCUCACGCACCUGUCCGGGCAAGGCGAGCUCAAUUCGCAGGUGCUCACGCUCAUUCCCAGCGGGAAGAGGCCGGCGGCCGCCAGCCUGGAGGAUGCUAGUGAGAAACCGGAGCCAGCGCCCCAGGGGUCCGCUCGGGCCACUCUCCCAACGCUGACCCCAGGCCCCUCGCCCUUCCAGAGUCCGAGCAUCCCGCUCCCCGUCGGCGCCCCCGCGGGCACCAGUGGCUCCCCAGGACGCCUGGAAAGGCCGCCGGGGCCCUGGGCGCCGCCGGGGCUGGAGGAGGCGCUGGGCGCGCUGGGGCUGGAGGGAGAACGCGAGUACGCCCGGGACAUCUUCGCCGAAGUCAUGGUGUGCCGCGCGCUGCCCGAAAGGGCCUUGCCUCGCACCGUCACCCCGGAGAUGCGCGCACUAGUGGUGGACUGGCUGGUCCAGGUGCAUGAGUACCUGGGCCUGGCGGGGGACACGCUCUACUUGGCCGUGCACCUGCUUGAUUCCUACCUGCGCGCCGGCAGAGUGCGCCUACACCGCUUGCAGCUGCUGGGCGUGGCCUGUCUGUUCGUGGCGUGCAAAGUGGAAGAGUGCGUGCUUCCUGAGUCCGCCUCCCUCUGCCUCCUGGGCGCCGGCUCCUUCUCGCGGGCCGAGCUGCUGCGCGCCGAGCGUCGCAUCCUGAUCCGCUUAGAUUUCCGGCUGCACCACCCCGGCCCGCUGCUGUGCCUCGGGCUGCUGGCUGCGCUGGCCCGGAGCAGCCCCGAGGUGAUGCUGCUCGCCACCUACUUCCUGGAGCUGUCCCUGCUGGAGGCCGAGGCCGCGGGCUGGGACCCGGGUCGCCGCGCCGCUGCCGCGCUGAGCCUGGCGCACCGCGUGCUUGACGGGGCGGGCGCCGGGCCCGAGCCAGCGCUUUACAGCCCCGCAGAGCUGGGUCUCCUCGAGCCGUGCAUGGCCCGCGCCGCGCUCCGAGGUCCUGCGCCAGGACGCGCCGCCAUCUUCCUCAAGUACGCGCGACCGCAGCGCCAGGGCACCAGCCUCGCCGCCGCCCGCCUGCUCCGCAGUCCCCAGUCCAGGAUUCCUUGAUCCGGGAGACCCGGGCAAAAACCCUGCUCUGUGCGUGUGU